AUGGGUUCAGACUCAAUCUCGCCCACCGCCGGUCUGGUGAAGACCAAUUCGACCAAUGAGCUUCUCCCCGGACAGGUCUAUAUAAUUCGGUUCAAGAAUCCCUGCCGCAGCUAUCGAACUGACAUCUGGCUGGGCGUUAUCCUCACCGAGGAAUUCGGGCCGGGCAAGAACCUCCACGGACGAGCGAAGGGCGCCAAAAACCCCGAUGGCACAUGGGAUAAUCCCCUCAGCGAGCAUGUGUAUCCAAUUUACAUGCCCGGAAGAAACAGCUACCGCUGGUCGCAUGUUAAGGAUAUUUCCAAGCUGCAGAGCCAUGUUCCACCUGUGUUCGGCUACAGUAGUAUUCGCGAAGAAGCGGCGAUCUUCCGGAAGUUGCAGAAAAUUGCGCUUAUGAGCUUGAGCAGUUAUUUCUGGGAGGAAAUGGCGGAGAAGAAGUCUGUUGUCAAAGGGAAGCGGAGCAGAGAUGUGUCUUUGAUCUUGCUGGAUGGGUAUGAGAAUAUCUUGUUGGAUAUUAGGGAUCUCCAGGAAGAUUCUGUGACGGGUCGGCGUCCUGAUUACCGGUCUGGCUCUGUAGCGAGGGACGCCCACUUUUCCAUGCCACAGCCGUCGAGGGUACAGGCAGCUUCCCGGACGAAAGCCUCGUCUUUCAGCUACACGGCAUCAGUAUCAUCUGACGCAAGAAAAUUCGACCGCCUGGACUCUGCGAUGAGCGGCCAACAAACCCCAAUUUUCUCCCAAAAACGGAAGGGAACCCAGCCAAAGAUAGAAGAUGCCGGUGGAACAGUCAGAACAAGCGCCGAUAUUCUGCAGCUAAGCAUCCAGGCUGGUAUCAAGGCUUGGAUCCUGGGAUUGCCCGGAGCAGAAGAAGUUAAGGCUCUGUUCAGCCAUAUGAUUGAUUUCCCAUCUCGGCCUGGGUUCGUUCAAUUGAGAUCAUUUUAUCUAACGCAGGACUUCGUGCCUCGUCUUGUCCAGGUUAACAUCCCGUCGGACCUCAGCAAUACCUCAGGGAGUGAAGGGGUAGAGGAAUUCAUCGAUUACCAAGUGGGUGACAUCAAGGGUAUCGGCCGACACAGGCAACUACAAGACAUUAGGUGCGCCGAUGAUCUCUGCGCCGUGAUAGUCUCUCUAGGAAACCUAUACACUUAUGCCCGUCGCUUGAACAUCGAACCAAUGAUCCGGAUGAUCACUUUCAAGCUGCAGGUAGCCUGGAACUCGUACCCGGGCUUUUACCAACUUGAGUACCUUCUUGAUGUUACCUCGAUGGUAUACAGGGAUGGCCGCUUGACAGAAUCAGAGGAUGAGUUGGAAGAAUGGAUCCCCAAAUUUAUUGCUGAUACGCAAGACUUGAUGCUGCUUGCUUGCUCGGUCAAGUACCAGGCUGUCAUGCGCGAGCUCCCAGAGUUGUACACUGCCGUCUCUGAUCUACGGGUGAAGCUUAUGUCCGAAUUCCCCGGAAAAUACACGGACCAGCGUUGCUUGCUUGAGAGCCGUGGAAUCGAUCAGAUUUGA